GUUGCCAGUCCGAAAUCCGAAUGACUCGUGCCGCCUACAUUUUCUUCAUCACAGCCGAGAGGAACGUAGAGAGGGCUGCAGAGAGAGAAAGGUAGAGAGAGAAAGAGAAAGGUCGAGAAGACUGUUUGGAUUCUCGAGAGAGAGGGCAUCGUGCCGUCUACAUUCUUCUUAAUGACUACAAAACGGUAGAGAGAGAAAACACCGUCACAGUCGAGAUAGAGCGGACCACCACUAUAGUAACUUCAGAAAGAGGAGGGGUGUGAGAGAGAGAAAGGCUAAGCUCUUGAGAGAAGUAUAGAGAGAGAAAGGGAAUAAUGGAGAGUGAAGCUUGUGCCAAAUCGGUUUUGGUGGUGGGAUUAGAUGAGAGCCCAGAGAGUUUUCACGCAUUGGAAUGGACACUGGAUCAUAUAAUGUGUCCCCUUGCUGGAAAUUCCCCCUUCAAGCUUGUAAUUGUUCAUGCAAAGCCCCCUGUAACUUCAUAUCUUGCCAUGCCAGGACCUGGAGCAAUUGAGGUUUUGCCACUUGUGGAGGCUGGUCUAAAGAAGUCUGCUGAGAGGAUUGUGCAACGAGCAUCUGAUAUUUGCAAGGCCAAAUCUGUAAAUGACUUUACAACUGAGGUGGUGGAAGGUGAUGCAAGGAAUGUUCUCUGUGAGGCUGUCGAGAAACACCAAGCAACCAUGUUGGCAGUGGGUAGCCAUGGUUAUGGAGCCAUUAAAAGGGCGGUGCUGGGCAGUGUAAGCGACUACUGUUCUCACCACGCUCACUGCACCGUCAUGAUCGUGAAGAAGCCCAAGCAUAAGCACUGAUAGUUUCAAGUACUUCCAUGUUCAAACUUCGAACUCUGGAGAUGGUUGUGUUUUAGCCUUAUAAAUUGUAUAAGUUUGGAGUGUGGUGUCUCCAAAAAUAAAUUGCCUUGCCUGCCAAUCAUGUAAUGUAACUUGCAAAUUUAAAGUGUGGGGAACUACAUGCCUAGUAAAAAAUUACGAUUUGAAAAAGUACUCAAAGAGACUAUUUACUUCUAA